CCCAGGAUUGGGGCAUUCACGGUGCUGGGUAGAAGUUGGGCGGGCCAGGCCAUUCCGGGAGGUCGGCCACUCUUGCCUGACAGGCCAGCUUGAUCUGACCCCUGCCCUACCCGGGACACUGGUUGCAGAGGCGCCUUUCUUUUCCGUGUUGAUCCCCGCCCCCGCAACACCUCUCUGUCCAGAGGCACACAGACACAACAGCCCCAGGCCUGGGAGCACGUAGUCAGGGUGGCCCCUGUCGGUGCCCAGGGUGGCAAAUGAGUGAGGAGCAGUGAUGGAUAAGGAUGUGUCCAACCUGCUACGGCCUGUUGGGGGCACAGGGGACAGGGGGAGGGUCGAGCCAGCAGAGGCCCAGGGGACCCUGGGAGAAGGUGGGGGCAGCCUGCUCCCUCCCUGCCUCCUUCCCCACCCCCACCCCGGGCUGGCCGGGCUCCCAUCAGCCGCUGCUGCACCAUCAAUAUUUCAUCGGCGUCAAUAAGAGGCAGCCGCAGGGACAGCGGCUGCAGCUGCGCUCGAGCCAGCUCCGGUCACAGCUCAUCUGGGGAGGCAGACUUCCACCCCUGCCCACCGCCAUGGAUGUCUUCAAGAAGGGCUUCUCUAUUGCCAAGGAGGGUGUGGUGGGUGCUGUGGAAAAGACCAAGCAGGGAGUGACGGAGGCGGCGGAGAAGACCAAGGAGGGCGUCCUGUAUGUGGGAGUCAAGACUAAAGAGGGUGUUGUGCAGAGUGUGACUUCAGUGGCUGAGAAGACCAAGGAGCAAGCCAACGCCGUGAGUGAGGCCGUGGUCUCCAGUGUCAACACCGUGGCCACCAAGACUGUGGAGGAAGUGGAGAACAUCGCAGUCACCUCUGGAGCGGUGCGCAAGGAGGCCCUGAAGCAACCUGUCCCCUCACAGGAGGAUGAGGCAGCCAAAGCGGAAGAGCAAGUGGCUGAGGAGACCAAGAGUGGGGGAGAUUAGAAGGCUGCCAGUGAUCUGAAGAGGCCCUGAGGAGCAUGCCAUCCCCUCUUGGCACAGGGGUGUCUGGUCCUGGAGUACGACCCACAGAACUGCGCAGCUCCCCACACCCUCAUCCAGCGCCCCACAGGCCGUCCUCCCGUGCUAUCACCGCGACUGCCUUCACCUCCCUAGCCUUGUCCCUGCCCACCACCCUCUGAUCUUUCUGACCCCCACAGA